GGCCUUCUUGGAGCUCAUCCAGCAACCAUCAUGCAAGGUGGUGCUGGGGGCUGCCCUCUUACUCGGCGGUGGAGGCCUCAUGCUGUGGUUUCAGAGGAGGAGGAGAAGGAAGACAUCUCCUGCUCCUGCCCAGGAGGAGCAGGGGCCACCCGAAGGUCACCAAGCAAAGAAUGAGAACUGGAUUAAAUCUCACUUUAGCCGCCUUUCUGAAGAGAAGCUGGCCACCAGCAGCAGCACCCCCCCUGCCCCCGAGAGUGGCCGUGGGGCGGCCAGCACCACGGUGCGCACAGAGACCUUCACCACCAGGCAAGGAGAGGUGGGCGCAGCUCUGCACCGGCAGUCCUUCACCAGCAAGCAGAGGUUGUCUGGCUCCUCGCUGACCAGAGAGACCCAGAGGGAGUCUGGAAAAUCCUCGUCCACGGAUGCGGCCACCUGGGCUGCUGUGGCUGCCUGUACCAAGGAGAUUGACAGCCUGGGACAGCAGCUGGCUCAUUCCAUGUUGCAGCGUGCCAUGAUUUACCAGAACUCAGGCCACCUGGAGUCCAAAGACAUCAACCAGGAGGAGCUGAAGGCCCUCGAGGAGGUGGAGUUGAAGCUGAAGGGGAAUUUCCUCACUCAGCGAGAAACCGCGGUAGCUGGCAUGAACCACACACACACCUUCCAUGGCCACGGUCCCCACGGCCACCAGGGGUAUCCGAGCCACCCGAGCCACCCGAGCCACAGUCUGCCCAACCGCAGCCAACACACCUACCACCCCUUUGAAGCCACCACCUAA